AUGCGAAACGAAUCAAACAAAAGCUGUGAGGCAAAUGAAGAUCCGUCCAGCCUUAGGAUACUAGUUCCAAACAUAGCAUCAGGCCAGACAAAUCUGCUAGCGCGUCAUCUUGCCGAGCUCGUUAGCGUGCCGGGUCAGCGAGUUUGCGUCUACCGAGCUCUGUUGGCUGACAUUGCUCGUUACACGGGCCGCCUAGCCAAGGACACUCGACCUUUGGAAAAAGCAUUAACCGGCCUGUGUCAAACUCACCGAAGAGCUGUAGAGGCUGGUGCCGUAUGGCGCCGCACUGAUUUGUCUGGAGUCGAUACGAAUGGGCUAUUUUCCAGCGAUCUUGCAGAAAAGCUAAUAGGCAAGAGUUGCCUAAAGUCUAGUGACUUACCACCAGCUAUCGUGCGACUG